ACUUAAGAGAGACAACUUCCCCGCUGAAACUGAAGUCUGAUAAGCAAAACUGGAAAAGUGGAACUCGAUCAAACAAACAGAUCCCAAUGAUAAUCUUGAACUAGAAUAACCUAAACCGGUGCAAGGAAGGAUCGUAGCCGCUGAAUGGAUUAUAGUGAUCCACUUGGCAAACAAACUCGCGUCUUAACCGGAUAAGAGAAUUGGAAUCCAAAUCCCAGGGUCCAAACAACAAGGCCCAAUCCUCCGCGUUUCAUCUCAACCUACCCAUGAACUGCUUCUCCAAUGGAAUUCUGUCAAAGCUUCAUCUCCAUUAGAACACCUCCAAUCAUCCACCGAACCCGCAAGCCCUACAUCUCUUUCUGCAACUCACCCGAGUCGCAACGAAUUAGGAUUUCGGAGACUCUCCACAACGAGACUCUGAAGACCUUAGAAUGGGAUUCCAUAUGCAGACAGCUCUCUGCCUUCACUUCUACCACCAUGGCCUCCGCCGCCGCCCGAAACGGAAAUGUCCGGCUCGGUAGGAGCCGAGACGAGAGUCAGAAGCUUCUGGACCAGACUACUGCGGCGGUGCUAUUCUCUCGGCCGUUGGAUUUCUCGGGGAUCGAAGAUGUUUCGGAAAUUGUUGAUUCUGCUGUUGGUGGCGAGCUGGUUACGGUUGGCGAGCUUUGCGCUGUGAAGCGGACUCUUAAAUCGGCGAGGGAGGUGUUGGAGCAGUUGGAGGACGGAGAACGUUCAGAGAGGUAUUCUCCCCUGCUUGAAAUACUUCGCAGUUGUGAUUUCCAGAUAGAAUUGGAGCACAAAAUAGGGUUUUGCAUAGAUUGCAAUCUUUCAAUAAUCCUUGAUAGAGCUAGUGAAGACUUGGAGAUCGUUAGGUCAGAAAGAAAAAGGAAUAUGGAAAAUCUGGAUUUGCUGUUGAAGAAAGCAUCGACUGAGAUUUUUCAAGCUGGGGGCAUUGACAGACCUUUGAUAACAAAGCGUCGAUCAAGAAUGUGUGUCGGUGUCAGGGCUUCACACAGGCAUUUGCUUUCUGAUGGUGUACUUUUAAAUGUUAGUAGUUCGGGUGCAACAUACUUUAUGGAACCCAAAGGGGCGGUAGAGUUGAACAACAUGGAAGUGAGGCUUUCAAACUCUCAGAAGGCUGAGGAGAAUGCUAUUUUAAGCUUGUUUACAUCUGAAAUAGCAAGAUCAGAAAUGGAGAUAAAGUAUUUGUUGGAUAGAAUUGUAGAAGUUGAUCUUGCUUUUGCAAGAGCUGCUUAUGCUCAGUGGAUGAAUGGGGUCUGUCCUAGUUUUAGUUGUGGGGGCCCUGAGGGAUUCAAAUCUAAUGGAUCAGAUUAUGCUUUAUCAGUGCAUAUUGAAGGCAUACAGCAUCCAUUGCUCCUUGAAUCCUCUCUAAGAAAUUUUCCAGAUGUCCUUACACCCCAAAUUGCUAGUUCAGUUCAGUUGGAUAAGGGGAAUGCUGUAGUGCCUAUAGACAUACAAAUUGGAUGUGGAACCAGAGUGGUUGUAAUCUCAGGGCCUAAUACCGGAGGCAAAACUGCUUCCAUGAAAACUCUGGGCCUGGCAUCUCUUAUGUCAAAGGCUGGUAUGUAUUUACCUGCUAAAAAACACCCAAGGCUUCCUUGGUUUGAUAUGGUUCUAGCUGAAAUCGGAGAUCAUCAGUCUUGGGAGCAAAACCUCUCAACUUUUAGUGGACACAUAUCGCGGGUCUGUAAGAUCUUGGAAGUGGCCUCAAAAGAGUCACUUGUCCUCAUUGAUGAAAUUGGGUGUGGGACUGACCCUUCAGAAGGUGUGGCUCUUUCUGCCAGCAUCUUGGAGUAUCUUAAAGAUAGUGUUAACUUAGCUGUUAUAACUACCCAUUAUGCGGAUCUAAGUUGCUUGAAAGAAAAGGAUGCACAAUUUGAGAAUGCAGCAAUGGAGUUUUCUCUAGAGAACUUACAACCUACCUAUCGGAUACUCUGGGGAAGAACUGGUGAUUCGAAUGCCCUGAGAAUUGCUAAAUCAAUUGGUUUUGAUGAAAAAAUAGUUGAACGUGCACAAGAGUGGGUGGAGAGAUUAAUGCCUGAUAAGCAGCAGAAGUGGAAAGGUUUACUAUAUCAGUCACUAAUGGAGGAAAGAAACAGAUUGGAAGCUCAGGCUCAGGCAGCUUCAUCUCUCCAUUCAGAAAUUAUGGAUCUUUAUCGUGAGAUCCAAGAGGAGGCACAAGAUCUUGAUGGACGUGAGAUACUGCUAAAGGCAAAGGAAACCCAACAGGUCCAAAAAGAACUAAAAACUGCAAAGUCCCAGUUACAAACUGUUGUACAGGAGUUCGAGAAUCAACUCCGAACUGCUAAUGCUGAUAAUUUCAAUUCACUGAUUAAGAAAUCAGAAUCUGCAAUUUCAUCCAUUGUUGAAGCUCACCGCCUUAGUGAUGAUUUCUUUGUAACUGAAAAAGAUAGCAGUUCUUAUAAACCACAACUUGGAGAGCAAGUCAAUGUAAAAGGACUAGGAGGUAAGUUAGCUACUGUAGUUGAAGCGCCUGGGGAUGAUGAUGAGACUGUCCUAGUCCAAUAUGGUAACAUAAGGGUCCGUGUGAAAAAAAGCAACAUCAUAGCUAUUCCAGUUAGUGAAAGGAAUGCUGGAACAAGUUCUGUUCGACCCUUGAGGAGGCAGGGUCAGCGGAGGAGAAUUUUGAGAAAUGCUUCAGAUGCAGAUAAGAAUGAGGAGGUUUCUUAUGGGCCAUUGGUGCAGACAUCAAAGAACACAGUGGAUCUACGAGGUAUGCGAGUGGAGGAAGCUUCUCACCACCUCAACAUGGCCAUCUCUGCAAGAGAGUCUAAUUCAGUUCUCUUUGUAAUACAUGGGAUGGGCACUGGAGUUGUUAAGGAGUGUGCAAUUGAGAUAUUGAGAAACCAUCCACGCGUUGCCAAGUUUGAACAGGAAAGUCCAAUGAAUUAUGGUUGUACGGUUGCUUAUAUCAAAUGAGAAAACAUCAAUUUUUUUGGUCUGCUAAACAACUUCUUUGACAGUAUAGCCUUUGUUCGACUUGGACAAGAUUCGACUGAAGCUUUACCUUCUAUUGAUACACUAGGAAAAGUUUCACUUCCAUAUGUCAAUGUGACUAGUUCAUUGAUAGUAAACAAAGUAUAGUCAAUAGUUGCAAUUAUGAUGCUACAUGUAAUUCAGUCAUCCCACUAGUGGAUUUCUUGAGGCUCUCCAUAUGGUGAGAGAUGUACAAGAUCCUAUUCUUAUACGAGAUUUGCUUUGGUA